CUCAAGGUUCUUCUUUCUCGACCUCCUCGUGUUUUUCUCAUCCUUCCUUGCUACUUACUGUCUUGUUUCGCUUUCCCCCUCCUGUGAGACAUUUAGAAGUUUCAUCUAUACGAACCUUAGAUAGAAAUACAAGCCAUCAUCCACCUGGUAGACCAUUACCAAUCAUGCCUCCCAUCGUCCACUGCGUCCGUCACGCCCAGGGCGUCCACAACCUGUGUACCGCCAACCACGUCAUCCACGACCCCCUCCUCACCGAUCUGGGCAAUGAGCAAUGCCGCACGCUGCGCGACAGCUUCGCCCGCCACGAGCACAUCGAUCUCAUCACGGCCUCCCCUCUCCGCCGCACCAUCUACACCGCGCUCCAGAGCUUCGAGCCCGUCUUCCAGGCCCGCCCUAAUCUGAAAGUGAUUGCGCUCCCCGACACCCAAGAGACCAGUGAUGUGGCGUGCGACACGGGUAGUGAACCGGAUGCUCUGCGCAAGGAGAUGGAAGGCAAGCCCGUCGAUUUGAGCUGGGUGUAUGAAGGCUGGAACGUAAAGUCGGGUCGAUUUGCACCCACCAACAAAGCGAUCAAGGACCGGGCGCGUGCGGCGAGACGGUGGUUGAAGGGUCGGCCGGAGAAGGAGAUUGUUCUGGUCACGCAUGGAGGGUUCUUGCAUUACUUUACGGAGGAUUGGGAGGAUAGCAGUCAGUUUCAGGGAACCGGCUGGACUAACACCGAGUACCGCACGUAUGUGUUCUCGGAGGAGGAGGAUCGGGACGAUCUCGAAGGGUAUGCUCUCGAUGGGGACAAUGCGACUUUGGUCGAGACGUUGGAGUCGCGGCAGCGCCGUGGGAAGUCGGGACCGAUGCCGAGCCGGGAGCAGCAGAAGACGCUCUAUAAGAUCGGGACGCAGGGAUGGGAUGAUCAGGGGCUGCAGCUGAGUACGGCGGAGCGCGAGGCUGCCAAGGUGCCUGAGGGUCAGGAAAUCGAAGGGGUCCGUGCUUAGACGGUAUAGAACGGUUUGCUUGAAGAUUAGAGGGAGUUGUCGAAAUCGUUGGUAUAGUAGAUAUUGCAUGAAAGAGUACAUACCUUUGACCAAUUUUGGCAUUUCGUUUCAUGAAGAUGUUUCUGAGAUGUUUUCUGGUCUGCCAACUAUGAUUAGACAAUGACAUUGUCC